AUGAACCCAGUGGUUUUCUUAGAUGUAUGUACCUAUAUGAUACCAUUAAUGCUUCUAAUUGAUACUAACAACUGAAAUCAGGUGAAUAAAGGAGGUAUGUGCUAUUUGUACUCACUAUCAUGGCUACCUAAGCUACAAUAA